CUACACUGAUCUUUAGCUCAUGUUCUAGCGUGAGCUUGCGCUCCUGAGGAAAUCCUGUGGAUUAUAGAUCUGUGCAAAGCGGAUCCGCGAACCGGUGUGCACUUCCGGAGGUCGAGCCCGUGAUUGUUGUGUAGCUCAAUCGCCCGUCGCUCUUUCUACAACGCAAACAAAAGACCUCACCAGUUGACUUUUCGCUAAUACUGCAUAGGCGUCUCUUCUCUCUCGAGCUGCCCUUGAGGAGCAACAUGGACUACACUAGUGCUUUGGAGGUGUAUAAGGAGAUGCUUCUGCUGUACUGUGAGGAGUUUAAGCACUACGUUAACUCAAUGUGUGCUGGUUUGGAGCCAUGGCAGAUUAUUGCAUCAACAUUGGUGUCUACCCUUGCUGCAAUAUGGCUCAAAGGCUUCCUGUUUCAGAAGGAGAGUCUGCUGUCUAGAACCAAGAAGCAGUGCUUUCGACUCAUCAGAAAAAUCCCAUUUGUCGGCGCAUCUAUUCAGAACCAGCUGAACAAGGCACUUGAUGACAUGUCAAUGAGCCUGUGCACGCUGAAGGAAGGAAUGAGCUACACAAAGUGCCUGCCAGCACAGGGCCUCACACAGAAACAAGUCCUAGACAGCAUCAGAGAGUACCAGACACUGAAUGAAGUGAAGUGGUCCAAAGGCAAGGUUUCAGGGACAGUCUACUGGGGAGAUGAAAAGCUCACAGAUCUUCUGGUGAAGGUGUAUGGUGAGUUUGCUUGGAGUAAUCCCCUCCACCCAGACAUCUUCCCUGGAGUGCGAAAGAUGGAGGCAGAGGUGGUGCGGAUGACAUGUUCUCUCUUCAGUGGUGGGCCUGAGUCAUGUGGCACAGUCACCUCUGGUGGAACUGAGAGCAUUUUGAUGGCCUGUAAGGCAUACAGAGACCUGGCUUAUGAGAGAGGAAUCAAAUAUCCAGAGAUAAUUGCACCAGUAAGCGCCCAUGCAGCAUUUGACAAGGCAGCACACUACUUUGGAAUGAAACUGAUUCAUAUACCUUUGGAUAAGAAGACCAUGAAAGUCGAUGUGAAGGCCAUGAAGAGAGCCAUCUCUAAGAACACAGCCAUGCUGGUGUGCUCUGCUCCUCAGUUCCCUCAUGGGAUCAUAGACCCCAUUGUGGAAGUAGGGAAGUUGGCAGAAAAGUACAACAUUCCCUUCCAUGUGGAUGCCUGCCUGGGUGGGUUCCUUAUAGUGUUCAUGGAAAAGGCCGGGUUCAAGCUGGAGCCAUUUGACUUCCGAGUUAAAAGCGUUACAAGCAUUUCAGCAGACACACAUAAGUAUGGCUAUGCACCCAAAGGCUCCUCAGUGGUGGUCUACAGAGACAAGAAAUAUCGCCACUACCAGUACUUUGUAGCCCCUGAUUGGCAGGGAGGAAUUUACGCAUCUCCCUCAAUAGCUGGUUCUCGGCCUGGUGGUAUCAUCGCUGCCUGUUGGGCCACCAUGAUGCAUAUGGGAGAGAGUGGCUACGUGGAGGCCACCAAGAAGGUUGUUCAAACAGCCCGCAUCAUUGCAGCGGGCAUCCGUAAAGUGGAGGGACUGUUUGUGUUUGGAAACCCAGAAGUCUCCGUGGUGGCCUUAGGCUCCAACGUAUUCGAUAUCUUCCGUUUAUCCAAUGCACUCACAUCAAAGGGCUGGAAUCUCAACACUCUUCAGUUCCCGUCUAGCAUCCAUAUUUGUGUAACUAUGCUGCACACACAGCCUGGUGUUGCAGAGCAAUUCAUCAAAGAUGUGAGGGAGGAAGUAGCAAAAAUCAUGAAAAAUCCAAAGGAGAAGACCACUGGAAUGGGAGCAAUCUAUGGCAUGGCCCAGUCCAUCCCUGAUCGGUCAAUGGUGACUGAGGUAUCACGCGGCUUCCUGGACUGCCUCUACAGCACCGAUGUUAAAAAGGUCCAAAAAAACCACUACGCCAGCAAGAAGAACCACAUGAAUGGGAAUUCUAAAACUCACUGAGUCUGGCGUGACUGCUGGGGUCUGUGCCUGCAGCUGCCCAUGGGCUGCUCAUCACAUUUACAUACAGACUUUUUUUUGUCCGUCAUUUCAAUCACUCAUUUACUUAUUUCUAGUUAACGCACAAGCCAUAUAACCCCAUUCACUUUGGGCAUUUCCUUCAAGGUGAUGAUUCACUGUAGAUAAAUCUGUCCAUUAAGUCUGUGGUAUCAAUGUCAGUGCAGAAGGUUCAGGGACUGUUAGUUUUUUCAAAAAAAGCGUGUUUAUAUCAUCAAUUUCUGUUAUAUGGGUCUAUUGACACUUCUCCUCAUGUAUUUCACAUUCCUCUGGCCAUACUGUUGGAGGUUAAUACUCCAGCUGAGCUCUCAGGUUAUCACUGAUUGAAUCACUCAUUGAGAUUUAAGUACAAUUACCCAAUUCAGUAAAAACUCCCAAACCUUUUAAUUGCAAACUAAACAGAACUGUAAUAUUUUCAGAGUACAGUUGUCACAGAUAGUAGCCUCAUGCAAGCAGAGUAGUAAGUUUUAAGUUAAGAAGCUUUUAAUUUGGAGUCCGUUCUUUGUGCUGGUGCUGAUCCCAAUCAGAUAACUGUGCAACUUUAUUAAUGUUACCGAGUAACAUGAAAAUGGACGGAGCAAUAUUUUAGUUUUUCUUUUAAUAAAUAUUUCCAACAAAUAUUUUCCAAUUUAUUUCCAAUAAAUAUUUAUCAUGUAAUGAAACUUGAAGUACUACUCAGGUGUACCUGAAUAACAAAAAAUCUUUUUGGUUUUUGAUAAUAUUAGAAUUUAUAAUAAUUUCUAAUUUAAUAGGUUGUUUAAAAAAUUGUACAUUACAACUGAAAACAAAUUAGAUGAUUUAAAAAAAUCAUGUCUUAAUUCUAAAAUCUCCUGAAUAUGAUUUACUGGUAGUUCUGAGAUGGAUCCUCCCCCACAUUAUGUCUACCUCAGAAUUUGUUCCAACUGUUAUACAUUUAAUCCUUAAUGAACUUUUCUUCUUUAUAAUCACAAUUAUUGGAAUAAAUAUUCACAUCCCACAUAUUACUUUAUUCAAUCUACUGGCCACUUAAUACAAUGAGAAAUUGUUUGAACUCCUUGGGAAAUGGUUGGGAUGGGGAUAUAUUUUUUAAGAUAUGUGUAAUAAACAAUUAUAUUGUUAAAGUUUGUGAACUGUAAAAAGGGAAAGGAGCUUUUGGAUCAGUAGUGAGAUGACAAUGACACGGUACCACUGAAUCAUGACUGCAGACCUCAUUGGCUAUUUAAUUCUGUAUGUAUUCAUAAUGUUUGUGACCACUAUGUGUGUUUUUACAUUAUGCAUCACUAAUAUAGGGUCUCAUAUUUCAAUAAAUGUAAUAAUUAUUUUUAAGUGUACUUAUUGUUUUUUGUUUUUAAAUGUUGUCACAGGGCUAUAACUGUUCUUAACAUCAUCAUAACAUUUAAGUUUGUACCGUUGAUGUGUAAAGUUCCACUACUUCUACCUGGAACAGCAAGAAUAUUUUUAAAUCUUAUUUUCAUAUCCAGUAUUUUAUAAUCAAAUCAGUUGUCCCGUUGCCUCCACAGAAACAAUGAGCCUGGCAAUAUUACUACCUAAAAGUGAGGCACCUUCAUUGUUGAAAGCUGGAGUAUCCAUUGACCUUCAGGGUUAUGAUUUUCUGUAGCUAAUGACCCACACUGUUCAUGUGUAUGUCUUUUGGCAGGCUCUAGUGCUAGGGCAGUGUUUAGAUCAGCCUCAGGGAGAGGGCCUUUUCCACACCAUACCAUAUCCACUUACCAUACUACCCUGUUCCUGCAAAAAAUAAAGUUGUAUUUUGAAAAUGCA